UAUGGACCCCGUCGACAUCUGCGUUCAAAAAUCUAACAUUUCUCGUCCAAAAUUAAAUCGCUUAAAAAUAGAAUCGGCGAUUCCUUCCUGCUUUAUUCCCAGACGCUCCGCUCCGAUUUUAUCAAUUCGGAAUACUUUUUAUUUUUGUUUUGAUUGUUGUGGUCGGUUGAUUCAGUUUCGGGUUAUUGUCGUCGUUAGUUCAGGAAGAAAACUGUUUUAUUCCAUGUGCAAAAAAAUGUGCUAGAACUUCCGCAAAAUGAAAAUUAUUCGGCUAGUUUGGCUUUGUGUUGUUAUUAUAAACGGCCUGUAUUGCUUCAAUAAUAAUAAUAAAGAAAGGGAGAAUCUGAAUAUUGCUAUUUUUAUCAACGACAAUGAAUACACCGACUUGACAACAAAUGCCAUCAAGAACGCCGUCAACGUCAUCAAAGUAAAAACUAAGUACAACGUGAUAGAUCAUGUGAUACGGUUGAAGGAAGAAAAUGGGUAUGAAGCUGGACAAAUUUUUUGUGAGCUGCUGUCAAACGGCCUGGCCGCUGUUUUUGGGCCAGAAUCUUUCGCCCUCAACGAAGUAAUCGAAUCAACAGCUCUGAGUCUACAAUUACCACACUUUCAAAUCUUCUGGAAUCCUAAAUUGCUACCUCAAGACAGCGAAAACCGAAGUACAAUUUUCAACUUGCACCCCCAAUCGGCUGAUUUGUCUAAAGCCUUGGCCACUUUGAUAAGAGACAAUGAUUGGAGCAGUUACACCAUUAUUUAUGAAGAGGAGUCUGGAUUGGUGAGACUAAGAGAAAGUCUUAAAGAUAGAAAAAGUGCAGAUCCGAUUGUGUCGUUCAGAAAAUUGGGUCCUGGACCAGAUUACAGAACUGUCCUGAAACAGAUUAAAAAUUCCGAGGACGUCCAUUUCAUCCUGGACUGUCGCGCUGACCGGAUUCUGGACGUUUUACGACAGGCCAAGCAAGUGAAACUUCUGGAAGAUUACCACAGUUAUAUACUGACGGAUUUGGAUGCUCAUACUCUUGACUGGACCGAGUUCAAAGAAAUGCCAGCCAAUAUUACUGCAUUCCGAUUUAUUGACCCUGCCAGCGAUGUAAUAAAGAAUAUUAGAAAAAUAUGGAGGGUGGACGCAACUAAUAUUAAGACCGGUACGGCCCUGCUCUACGACGCGUUAAACGUUUUCAUUACGGCCUUCCGGGACAUGGCGGCCAAAGAAGAUCCAAUAAUAAAACCUCUGGAUUGCGACGACUACGAGUUUUCGGAGCAUGGCCAGAGAAUUGGGGAACUCGUUAGAAAGCCUCCAAAAACGAGCAAAAAAAUUUUACCAGGUCCAUUAUCAGAUCCGAUAUAUUUCGACGACAGCGGCCAAAGAACAAACAUCGACCUGCAGAUUAUCGAAAGGUCUAAGACGGAGGUGGGCUUCAGAGUAUCAGGGACGUGGAAUUCCAAGAAGCCCAACGUCAUCCGGUAUGCUGUCACAUCGGAGGAAAGAGAGAAGGAACUGCAGAAGGAAAUUCAACAGAAGAAUUUCAGAGUAGUCUCCAAGAUCGGAGCUCCAUAUCUGAUGCACAGAAGCCCGCCGCCGGGCAAGUCGCUCUACGGCAAUGACAGAUGGGAAGGAUACGCCCUGGACCUAAUGCAGGAAAUAUGUCACAUUCUGAACUGCAGUUACACGUUCGAAGAAGUGCCCGACGGCAAAUAUGGAAACUAUGAUCCGGAUAAGAAAGAAUGGAACGGUCUUAUUGGGCACUUGUUGAAUAGAAAAGCCGAUCUUGCAGUUUGUGACUUAACCAUCACAUAUGAGAGAAGACGUGCUGUCGAUUUUACAAUGCCAUUUAUGACUCUGGGCAUAAGUGUGCUCUAUGCCAAAGCUGUCAAGGAACCUCCAGAAUUAUUAGCAUUUGCCCAUCCACUCACCUUAAAUAUAUGGCUCUAUAUGGCAACAUCAUACUUGGUCAUCUCUAUGAUUAUAUUUUUGGUAGCCAGGUUAAAUCCGAACGACUGGGAAAAUCCGCAUCCUUGUGACCCGAAUCCAGAAGAAUUGGAAAAUAUUUGGACCAUAAGAAACUGCUGCUGGUUGACGUUGGGCUCCAUAAUGGCCCAAGGAUGCGAUCUCUUGCCAAAAGGCGUAUCUACUAGGAUGGCAACAGCAGCUUGGUGGUUCUUUUCACUGAUAAUGACUACGUCCUACACUGCCAAUAUGGCUGCUUUUCUCACUAUGUCCCGUAUGGGUUUAACAAUCGAGAAAGCUGAAGAUUUAGCUACUCAAACUAAAAUUAAAUAUGGAUGUGUAGCAGGUGGAUCCACUUCAUCGUUUUUCCAAGACACCAAUUUCUCCACGUAUCAUCAAAUGUGGGUGCAGAUGGAAUCGGCAGAUCCGACGGUUUUCGAGUCUAGUAAUACAGAUGGCGUGAAGAGGGUAUUAAAUAGUAAAAGAAAAUACGCCUUUCUGAUGGAAAGUUCAUCGAUAGAGUACGAAACAGAAAGAAACUGCGAUCUCAUACAGGUGGGCGGUAUGAUCGAUUCGAAGGGGUAUGGAAUAGCUAUGACAGCGAAUUUCCAAUACAGGAAAGCUUUCAACGAGGCCAUAUUAAAAAUGCAAGAAAUGGGAAUUCUUAGUAGACUGAAAACAAAAUGGUGGACAGAAAUGAACGGUGGUGGAGUAUGUAAGGAGGAAGAACAUGCAGAUGACAAUGCUGCAGCAGAGUUGGGACUUGACCAUGUAGGUGGAGUGUUCGUAGUUUUAGCUGUUGGGGUUGUUAUAGCCUUGACUUUUGCUACGUGUGAGUUUAUAUGGAUGGUGAAGAAAGUGGCAAUAAGAGAACACAUGGGCUUCAAUCGAGCUCUGAUGCAAGAAUUACGCUUUGUUUUGAAUAUAUGGGAACGAAAGAAAGUUAUAAAGAAAAAUACUGAAAAAUAAUUUAAAAAAUAAAGUUGAUAAGUUUA